AUGGAGGCAAAGAAUUCUCAAAUUUUGAAGAAUUCGGUGGUAAUUAAAGUGUUGGGUAAUAAUGUGCCAUUUUCGGUGUGCAGCACAGAAUUGAGGAGGCAAUGGAGCAAAUUCAGUGGAUUUUACUUGACGUCUAUUGCAUUUGAUCUGAAUACAUUUAAAGGAGUUUCUGCUCUUGUUUGGAUUAGACUUACGUGUCUGCUUCUGUAUUGCUGGUAUGAGGAUAAUAUCGCAAGAAUUGCUUCUUGCUUGGGGACGCUAAUGUACAUUGAUGGCAAUACCUUUCGCUGGGGUAAAUGGAAGUUUGCCCGUGUAUGUGUGAGGAUCGAUCUGGAGAAGAAACUAAUGAAUGGUGUUUGGGUGGAUGGAUCAACUGGAAGGUUCUUCCAACAGGUGGAGUAUGAGAAAAUUGAUCUUCUCUGUUAUCAGUGUGGUAGUGUGGGCCAUGACAGAAAGAUAUGUCCAGAAAAUGUAACCAUUGGAAUACAGGAUCAAGCAUUGAGGGAGACGGAUGGAGUAAAUGAAAAUAGUGAGAAGGUUGUGUCUGACAGCAAAACUUCUAUGAUUAGAUUCGAAUAUGGACCUUGGAUCCAUGUUCAGUUCAAAAAUAGGAGAGGUAACAGAGAAGGAAUCAAGGUGGUGGAUGAGAAGGUUGCUGAUCUUGGAAAAACUGUCCUGGUUCUAGGUGUUUAUUCUGAAACUGAGAAUUCUGUUGGGGAUAAGAAUUCAGAUACUAUUUUAACCAAUAGAUUUGCAGUUCUGGGUGAUAGUAUUGAAGAGGAAUGUAUGGGAAAUCAUGCAGAAGUUUAUAAAACAGAAGAAGGAGGUUUGGAAAUUAUGGAUCCAAAUGUUAAUAACAGUAAUGUUUCCAACUUUAAGCUAUCCAAGAAAUUGAGAUCAUUAGGGCCUGAUGAAUCUAACUACAAAAAAAAGAAGAGGGAUGGCAGUCUGACGGUUCCCAUCUUGGGAACUUGGAGAGUUGCCACGGUUUACGGGAGUAGAUAUUGUAAGGAAAGGGGGAGCCUGUGGAAGCAACUUCAGAAGUGUAUAGAGGAUACAAUUCCUUCCAUUAUUGGAGGGGCUUUUAAUUGCAUCAAUAACAAGGAGGAGAAGAGAGGAGGCAAGAGGUUCUUGUUUUCAAAAGGACCUAGGGAGAUGAAGAGCUUUAUGGUGAAUUCAGAUUUUCAUGAUAUUGGAAGUGUUGGACCAAGAGUGGCAUCUGACCACAGUCCUAUUGUUCUAAAUAUGAGAGAUAAAGUGCAGUUUAAGGCUAAAACCUUUAAGUUUGAGGACACUUGGAGAUCGUACCCAGCAGCUAAGAGCAUUGAAAAAUUGAAGAAGGAAAUCCUUAAUCUUCAAAACAAGGAAGCUUUGGGUGAUAAUUGGUCGAGUGGUGACCUUUUGGUGCUUAGAAACAAAGUUCAUGAACUUAAUGUCAUAUUGAGGAGAUUGUCUACUUGGUGGAAUCAAAGGGCAAAGGUAAGGUGGCAUGAGGAAGGAGAUACGAAUUCAAUGUUCUUUCAUAAUUUUGCAUCGGCAAGAAAAAAUGGAAACCGUAUUAAUCAGAUUAAAGAUGAGUUCAAUAUAAUUCAUGAUGAGGAGGAUCAAAUUGAGAAGGUUUUCACACAAUUUUUUGAGAAGAAGUGGAAAUAUAGAGAAUGUGAGCUGACGGGUUGGCAAUUGGUUGAUGAAAAUCAGAAGGUUAGUGAAGAGGAUAUGGUGAUGCUUAAUGAGGAUUUCUCUGUGAAUGAACUGCAGCUCUUGGUUUUUCAGCAGGGAAACAACAAGGCACUGGGUAUUGAUGGAGUUACCUCUUCUUUUUACAAGAGUUAUUGGAGUAUUUUAUGGGAGACUCUUUGGAGUGCUAUCAAUCGGUUUUUCAAAUCCAGCAUUAUGAAUAGGGAGUGGAAGGAUACAUUAAUUGCUUAG